AGAGUCGUAUUCAUUCGACUUUUGUCUCGUCUCACAUUUCGAUCGGUCACAAAUUUCGUAGUAGCAAACGCGGCCACAUUUGGCAAAUUUUGGACUUUGAUUUUUUUUCUCUUUUCCAAUCUUCAAUAACAUAUAUCAUAUCAUAUUCGAUUUGUUUCGAAACUAAUGUUUAUACCAUCACCAUAAGUGCCUUGUCAAGAAUAUAGAAUGACAUCAUCAUCAUCAUCGUCAUCGAAUCAUCAUCAUCAUCAUCAUCAUCAUCAUCAUCAUUGUAAUCAACAACAAUCGAAUCAUUUUUGUUGUUCACUAUCAUCGUCGUCAACAUCAUCGUUGUUAAACACUGUAUCUCCACAUUCAUCACGACAUAAUCGAAUCAUGUCAUCGAAUCGACGUACAACGACAUUGAGAGAUCCAUCAUCUGUUUUACGUUCGAUUAAUAAUUCGACAACAUCCCCAUUGUCGAUGCCCAUGAUGGUCGACUUGAAUAACAACAACAAUGAUAGCCAUAUCAACAUUCCUCAUAUAAGUGCAUCAACAUCAAACAUCAGUGAUCCAAUCCUAUUAGAUCGUAUGGCUAUUCUUAAAGCUUUUGCUCCACCAACGACGACAAACACAACGGGUACAACAACGACGAUUCGAAAUGGUUCAAGAUCUAGCUCAAAAUUUGAAAAACCAACCACAGCACGUGAAGCUAGACGACGAUCAAAACAACGUAGACAUAGGCAACCAGCCGUCUAUGAUCCAGCUGUUGAAGAAGAAUUUCUUCGACUUCGAGAUUCAGUACCAUCGAUUGCUGGCCAAUCGAAUGUUACCGAUUUGACCAUAAUCAACGAAGCGAUCUCACUUAUCUGUGAUCUUGAAUCUCAAUUAUUACAUAAAAUUUGUUGUCAAUCAUUACCAGAAUUACGGCAACAAUUUAUCAAAUAAUGAUCAGAUUAGAUGAAUAGACUUGUGAUCACUGACUCCCAUUUCCCUAAACACAAUCCACCAAUUGGCGUCAAUUUGGCACCAUCAUUGUACAUACGUUGAAUGAAUCUCAAUCUAUCAAACAGCUAUUAUACCAAAAAAAAAACAAAACAAAACAAAACAAACAAAUAGUAUCCGAAAUCCAGAACGUAAACAUAUCAUUGAAUCUUCAAAAAAAAAAAAAAAAAUAAAAAUCUCAGCCAAUAAAAAAUGCAAAAAAUUUGGCUCCUUUUACUAUUUCUUUUUUACAUCAUAUCCAAAAUGCUCAACAUUUUUUUUUAUCCACCUCCUAAAAGUUCUUUCAGCCAAAAUUGGCUUGUAACAUAUCUAAAUGAACAAAACAUAUCUUUUUUUUUAUUUUCUCUUUUCAUCUAUCUAAUAUGACAACCUAAUACACAAAAUGUAUAUCAAUCAAUCACAGUCUAACGGUGUAUAUCGUCAACAAAAAUGAAUUGUAUAACAUAUCAAAUCAAAUUAAUAAUAAUAAUAAUAAUAAAAAAGAUAAAAUUAUCAUGAAAAAA